AUGGAUCUCGAAGUCACCAUCAUCAGCGCCAAAGGUUUGCGCAACGCCGAUGGUGGCUGGUUCGAUGGCAAGUCUGACCCAUACUGCGUUUGCAAGAUUGCAGGACUUCCAUCGUACACAGACAGGACUCGUUUCCGGACAAGGGUCGUGAAGGACUGCCUUGAUCCGAAGUGGCAAGAAACAUCGAUUAUCCGCCUCGCAUCGCAGGUGCAGUACCUGGAGUUUGAGAUCUGGGACCAGGACGUAGGUUCUGCGGAAUUCCUGGGCAAGGCCGUUCUCAAUCCGCGAAGGGUUCCAUUGGAGUCGGGCUUUGAGGGCGACCUCAAACUCACAGGCGCCAAAGCAACAGGUAGCGUGCGCGUGCGAGUCACGAAGUCUUGUGGCUCUCAAGAGAUAUCCGUUUCCGAGUUCUGCUGCUGCGGCAGGCAGGGCAGAGAGGCAGAGGUGCAGCAGCUGACGAACACGAAGAUCGGGAUUCGCGACAUUCCCGGGGACACCGAGAAUCGGUCCCUGAACAUCGCAGGCCCCCUGCCAAACGCAUGUGCGGCCUACAUGCUGAUGAUGAAGAGGUAUCUGGACUCAGAAGCGCAGGCUCGUGCAGGGUCAGUGCUGCACUCCUACAAUUCACAGAGUUUGAGCAUUGCUAGGCUCCAGGAGGCUACGUCCAGUGAGCGGCGCUGA